UGCUGACCAAUCCGGAACAACAGUGUUCGCGUUUCUGGUAUAAACGUGAACUGUUGACUUCCGAUUUUGACGAACAGUCUUGUGAUUUUCCAAAGACCAAAAAAUAUUGUGCUAAAUGAAAAAUGAGUUCAUCACACCACAAAAGCACUCGGGGUCAGGAAGAAACAGAGAAGUUAAGAAGUAAUCUAGAGGAGCAACUGGAUCGUCUUGUUCAACAACUGGCCGACCUAGAGGAGGCAAAAGAAGACCUAGAUGCAGAUGAAUAUGAAGAAACAAAGCAGGAGACGAUGGACCAGUUGACUGAAUUCAAGGAGUCUCUGGACAAUAUGGUGGGCGGCAACCUCAGUCUAGUCGAUCAACUCAGUGGCAUGCAGCUGGCCAUCCAGGCAGCUAUUAGCAAAGCAUUCAAAACUCCCGAGGUCAUCCGAAUGUUUGCGAAGAAACAACCAGGACAGCUGAGACAAAGGUUAGCCGAGAUAAGAAGGGAUGAAAAGGUGGGAAAACUUUCCAAAGAUGUUGCCAUUCAGCAGUCUGUAGAAAUCCUGACAGCCCUGAAAAAGCUAGGCGAGGCCCUUUCCCCCGAGGAAGAGGCUUACUUACAAAACAACUCUAGUGCCAGUCUAAAACAGUUUGAACAAGUCUCAGGGGACUUGGGUUGGUUGAUGAAUAGUUUUUUUUAUCUAAUAACUGAAAGCUGCCAAACAGUAUAUCUGUAGUCUGAAAAAAUUCCAAGACCAUCGAAAUUUUUCAGAUAUGGAAGCUUCAAUUCUACAGCUAAUAACUGUCAGAUGCUGAAUUUAAAAACAUACCUGCUGUACCAUUUGUACAUGUUUAAGAAGUUUUGAUCUUUGAGAAAAGCUUCUGUGUCUUUUUGAUGUUAAAAGCAAAUGUUUCUAAUUUUUUUCCAGUUUUAUUAGCUCACCUAAGCUGAAAGCUCAAGUGAGAUUUUCUUAUUACCUUUUGUCGGGUGUCAGUCCGUCCGUUAACUAUUCACAUUUUUUACCUCUUCUCCAAAACCACAAGGCUAAUUUCAGCUAAACUUGCCACAAAGCAUGCUUGGGCAAAGAGGGUUCAAGUUUGUUCAAAUGAAGUGGCACACCUCUUUUGAAGUGGAGAAAAUCUAGAUUUAGUGAUAAUUGUGUGGCAUCUUUUAAAAAAUCUUCCCAAGAACCACUGGGCCAAAAAAUUUGAAAUUUACAUGAAAACUUCCUGAAAUAGUGUAGAUUCAAAUUUGUUCAAAUGAUGGUCGUUGGGGGGGGGGGGGGGUGUAAGGUGGGGCCACAAUAGGGGAUCAAAGUUUUGCAUAAGGAUUUAUAAGAACAAUCUUUGAAUAUCUUCUUCUCAAGAACAACAGGACCAUAAUUAAUCAUAUUGAUAUGCAAACAUCCCUAGGUAGUGUAGAUUCAAGUUUGUUCAAAUUGGGGACAAUUUCUCCCAGAAGUAGGGUGGGACCACAAUAUGGGAAUAUAUAGGAAAGGUCUUCUCAGAACAGUAGGUCCAUGCUGAAUCAUGUAUGUUCAAAUUGUGUGCCCCCCCCCCCCCCCGGAGUAGGAUGGGGUCACAAUAAGGGAUCAGAGAUUUGAGAUUUACAUAAGAAUUUAUAUGGAAACAAGAUUUUCAUCUCAACAAUGACAGAACCAUGAUUAGUCCUGUUCAUAUGUAAACAUCUACAGAUAGUUCAGAUUCAAGUUUGUUCACAUCAGGGGCCUCGGGGAUAGGGUGGGGCCACAAUAGAUCAAAGUUCAUAUGGAAAUAUACAGGAAAUUAAUUAAAAUGGAUUCUUUUUAAGAGUAGCAGGGCCACACUAAAUCAUAUGGAAAUACAAAGGUACCCAAGUUGUGUGAAUAAAAAAAAAAAUGUCCCCACAAUAGUCAGGGAUUGAUUUUGUUUUGUGUGUCUGAAACUUUGAUCUUGCUUAUAACUUUUGAAUGAUGAAUGAAAGGGUUCUCAUAUCUCAUAUGUGCAUUCCUUGUGACAAGACGUUUUUUAUGGCACCAAGGUUUUUAACCUUGUAACCAUGACUUCAGAGUUUGACCUACUUUUAAGAAAACCUAAUCUAUUCAAUAUCUCCUGAAUUGUUUAAGAUAGAGCUUUCAUAUUUUGUAUAUAGAUUUUUUUUAUGGCUAGACCUUCCAUUUUAUACUAUGAUCUUUUACUUUGUGACCUUGACCUUUUCCAGAACAUGGUCAUGUUUGUAAUUGGUAUGGAGGCAUUUCCAUGUUGUGUUAAUUCAAGUUAAUUUAUAGUGUGACCCUUUGGGGCUAGGUUAUGGGGUCAAAAGUUUUAAGAUUUCAAAAAUUUGAAUAUUACAACAGCUGAACAACAGCAGGGCUAUGGUGACUCAGGUAAGCAAUGUGGCCCAGGGGCCUCUUGUUUACUUCUAUAUUAUCUCAAGGUUCAUAGGAGUCUUGAUUUUGAAAACAGUACUUUCAGAAUAUACUAUCUUGGCAAAAUUGACUUUCGUUCCUCAAAUGAUGUUGUUAUACAUUCAUGUAAAUUAGACGAAUGUGAUUGGUUUAAAAACGUUUGUUAAAAAAUACUUUUACCCCACUUCAUGCAUAAACCACGCCCUCUGGGUAACUGUACAUAGCAACGGUUGUAUGCAUGACGACGGAUAACAGUAUAAAAUUUGUUAACUGCUUAGAAUGAUUGCGUGUACGGUUAUUUUUACAUGUUUUGCAGAGUAACAUGUGAAAUGGUCACCCUUGAACGUUUAAAACAUGUAAUAUUUUUAUACUGUCACAUGCAUAUUAUACCUCAAUCUAAUUAAAAUUAGAUCUUUGAUCCGCUCAUGCAAUCCCUAUACACAAACUUUGUGUAGCGGUUGCAUGAGCGGAUCAAAGAUCUAAUUUUAAUUAGAUUGAUUAUACCUCUGCCCCUUUUGAUAUUGUAAACAUAUCGGAGAUGAUGCUAUUCUGUAUGUAAACAUUGAUAGUAAGUAGCUUUUCUUAUCAUAUAGAUGCUGGAGAUUUUUUUCUUUGAUAUAUUACAGUAUAAUGUGUACCAAUAUUAUAUUUCAAUCCAUGAUAUUUUUUACUAGUUCAUGAAUAUUAUAGGCAUAAUUAAUUCAUCACAGUUACUCUAAGCUGAUCGAGUCUUCUUUGACCUAUUUGACCCCCACUUACUGUGAUGCGACUCUCAAGAUCAAAGUCUAGCACUCAAACUACAUAUGAUAUACGUCUCUUAGAUGAUUCAAAGCAGGGUCACUGAUACGUUUUACAUAUUUCAGCCUCUGGUGAUAAAGUAUUAGCAGUCGCUAGCUCACAGGUGAAGCAGGCAUCCAAAUAAUUCAACAAAGAACAACGAAAGUUGUGUGCCCUCAUUACGUCAUCUGACAGGUCGUCCAUUACUUACUUCAUCACAACGCAUACCACUACUGUGUAUCCAGCGCUGUGAUUUCUGCAGAGAUGCUUCACGGACUGCUACAAACGAAAGGACUGAUCCAAUCAUAUUUACUUUUGUUACCCAAGAGACGUACUCUGUUUGAAUAUAAUGUGGCAUGACUUUGUACCAGCAUUGGAUUUGAUUGGUUGUGAGAUAAUUCAUGAGUCAGCAAUAUGAUUUCCCUAAUACAAUAAAAUACAAUGCAGAUGUUUAAUUUAUAAUUACAGAAAAUUUGUUUAUAGUAAAGAGUGUAUAGUACUCUAUUUUGAUUCUGCAAAUUUGAUCACAAUUGUUAUGUUCCCGUAAAACCUAGCGACACAUAGGGAUUACUUAGUCCAUUGUUUCUCCGUACUUUGUCUGUCCGUCUGUCUGUCACACCCUAGAACUUUGUGUCUAACUUCGUAAUGCAAGAAUUUUUAUGGAAGGUUCAUUAAUAUAAAUUAUGAUAAUAAUUAAGCAACACCAUUAGAAGAAGACAGUACUUAUUGACAUUGAUAGAUAAUACAUACUGUGGGUUUUUUUAACUAUUCACAAUAAUGACCAACAUACCCACUGGCCAUUAAUAAUAGACAAGCAUCGUACCAGAAAUGAAUGAGAGCGUCUUGAGUGCAUUUAAAGUGAUUUAGUUGAUGUCGAGGACAAAGUACAAACACGGAAGCAAUAUAUUAUGCAUAUCUUUGACUUUAUAUAAUUGUUUUGUAAUAAUUAUACUAAAUAGCAGUAUUUAAUAUUUUAUAUCAUUAAAACAUUUCAGUUAUUUUUAA